GCCAUUUGGAGACGUCUUGUCAACUUGUUCUAUGUGGUUGCCUAUUGCCAUUACUGGUCAAAUGAGAUAAAGUACGAAUGAAGAAAAACAGAAAAUGUCUAACGAACUGCUAGACCCAGUAAGUGACGAAAGUGCUGCACAGGAAGACCCCCAGCAACCGGGACUGUGGUACCGUUUUCGGCGUUCCAACACCCUGAUAAUCAGUGUAGUGUUUGUUGCGCUUGGACUUGAAGUAGCUCUUUCGACAACGCUAGAGCCCAUCUUACCCUGCCUGCUGCUGGAAGGGGACACUGGCCAAGACUGCCGUGCUGUCGACAGUGGUCAGGCCAACGUCACCCUGCCCACCAUCAACUAUGCCGGAGACGGAGGGAUUAUCAUUGGGAUUAAAAACGUGGUGGAAGUGUUCGCUAAACCGCUCUGCGGAAUCGUCAUUGACAGAUUUGGACACAGACGACCCCUUCUCUUUGGCUCUAUAAUAACUGUAUUUGCAACAUUGGGGUUUGCUUUCCUCAGUGGUAUGCCGAUGUUGAUGCUGUCCCGCUCUCUUCAGGGGCUGGGGUGUAGUCUUACCACAGUAGCCGGUAUAGCUAUGCUGGCAGAGGUUUAUACUGACGAUAAUGAGAGGUCUAAAGCCAUGGCCAAAGCCUUCGGGGGGUAUGCAGUGGGAGUCAUGUUUGGAUUUCCAUUCGGAAGUUUCACGUACCAGUUCUUUGGAAAGGAGAUGCCGUUUUUAAUUCUGGCAUUUAUUAACGUCCUAGAUGCAAUUUUCCGUGUAAUAAUUGUAGCCCCUGAAAAACUGGUUCAGCCGUCUUCUCUCGGUGCUUGGAAAGACUACAAGGAGCUGCUAACAGACCCAUACCUAAUUCUUGGUUUCGGCUACACAAUCAUGUACACCCUGGGUAUAGGAGCGAGUCUGGCUAUAGUAUCACCCUGGAUAUUAGAAGAACAGCUUGCGCGAGUGUGGGAGAUAGGUGGCGUAUUUUUAGUAGCAGCCAUACUACAGCUAGGGGCGCAGUUUAUUUAUGGGCUAGUGGCAAGAAAACAAUGGUGGUGGAUGUUUGCAGCACUGGGGCUACUUUUUAACGCGGCAGGGUAUAUAUGGUACCCGUUCUCUAGCUCGGUGUGGGAAGACAUCGGUCCUCAAGGCCUGAUAUACAUAGGUUACGGGUUUGCCAACACUGUGAUAGCUCCUAUUAUGGGCGACCUGGUGGAGAUACGACACAGGUCCGAGUAUGGGCAGGUGUACGGCCUAACCAGUGGGUUUUACUCUCUGGGGUUUAUCACAGGCACUGUUGGAGCCGGUGUUCUUGUAAGCCUGACGUCAUUCGACUGGGUCUGUCUUGGUAUAGCUAUAAUUACCGUACUUUACUGCUGUACAUGUGUCUUUUUCCGUAACCCACAGCGUAAAAAUAUAGAUCCACUGGAUACGGACAUUAGCAAGCUGGUUAACAACUUGGGAAUGAAUGACUACGGGGCCAAUCACUUUGACUAGGAACCACCAAGUCCUUGAUUGUGAUCCUGUUGUUCAUUGCCGUCGUUGCUCAUCGUGGGUGUGCUAGACAGAACAACAACUCGAUCAGGUCCUUUUUACAUCGAGCAGUACGGUUUCCGCGUCGCUGCAAUUUAAGAGAUUGAUAACUCAAUAGCCUGGUCCUGUUUUCAUUUAACAAAAUGACACGAUUAGUUUAUUGGAUUAACUUUGAUUGGCACAUUGGGGCUCGUGAGAGGGUGCAUAUGUAAAACUACGCCAACGGAAAACUAGAGCUGUACAGUCAACCGUGCUCAACUGAAAGUCAACACAUGAGCUUCGUGCGGAGUCUGUGGCAUAUCUUUUACUUUUGCGCCGUGUGUUUUGCAGUUUUUAGUCCGUUCACAUUAGAAAAAUUAACCGCGACAUAACUGCAGUUACCCGUAAACUGUGUUUGUAAAAUUCAACAAAUGCGAACGGUACUGUAUUUACGACAUAAAUAGUCACUAUGAAUUCGUUUGUAUACGAAUCCCACAAUGGGAGAAAGUUGCGGAGUAGGGAAGGAAAAAGAGUUUGGGAGGCGGGCGUUAUACUGUACAUCUAGAAGACCUAAUCAUAU